GUUGGCUGUUGCUAUACCGUUGCUGGGAGGAGGCGACAAGUAGGGUAGCAGGGGCAAAGAUCAUGCAGGACAGCGAGAGGUUUCCUGGGCAGCAGAGGCCGCUGGGCUGGCGAUGAAAGAAGCAGGGCAGAUGCAAAAUCUGGAGAGCGAGGGGGCCGGACGGUCAGUCAGCACCCAGACUGGCAGCAUGACCGGUGAAAUACCAAGGCUUUCUAAAGUCAACCUUUUCACUCUGCUCAGUCUCUGGAUGGAGCUCUUCCCAUCAGUCAAAAGUCAAAGACAAAAGUCUCAGGAAAGGGAGGAAGGAAAGCAUGGACCCUUAGGAGGUAAUGAAGAGAUGGCCAGAGUAUCUACUGACAAAAAACAGGUGAAGAGAACUGGUCUUGUGGUGGUGAAAAACAUGAAAAUUGUUGGUCUCCACUGUUCAAGUGAAGAUUUACAUGCUGGGAAAAUCGCUCUGAUAAAACAUGGGUCAAGGUUGAAAAACUGUGAUCUUUAUUUUUCCAGAAAACCAUGUUCUGCUUGUUUGAAAAUGAUUGUAAAUGCUGGAGUUAACCGAAUUUCCUAUUGGCCUGCUGAUCCAGAAAUAAGCUUGCUUACUGAGGCUUCUAGUUCUGAAGAUGCAAAGUUAGAUGCCAAAGCAGUGGAAAGAUUGAAGUCAAACAGUCGGGCCCAUGUGUGUGUCUUACUUCAGCCUUUGGUGUGUUACAUGGUGCAGUUUGUAGAGGAGACCUCUUACAAAUGUGACUUUAUUCAAAAAAUUUCAAAAACAUUGCCUGACACUACCAUUGACUUUUAUUCUGAAUGUAAACAAGAAAGAAUAAAAGAAUAUGAAAUGAUAUUUUUGGUUUCCGGAGAAGAAAUGCAUAAGCAAAUACUGAUGACUAUAGGUUUGGAGAACCUGUGUGAAAAUCCGUACUUUAGCAAUCUAAGACAGAACAUGAAAGACCUUAUCCUACUUUUGGCCACAGUAGCUUCCAGUGUGCCCAACUUUAAACACUACGGAUUUUAUUGUAGCAAUACCGAACAGAUUAACGAAAUUCACAAUCAGAGUUUGCCGCAAGAAAUUGCAAGGCACUGCAUGGUUCAGGCAAGGUUAUUGGCAUAUCGAACUGAGGAUCAUAAAACAGGAGUUGGAGCAGUCAUCUGGGCAGAAGGAAAAUCUAGAAACUGUGAUGGAACAGGAGCAAUGUACUUCAUAGGAUGUGGUUAUAAUGCUUUUCCUGUUGGAUCUGAGUAUGCUGACUUCCCGCACAUGGAUGACAAACAGAAAGACAGAGAAAUAAGGAAAUUCAGAUACAUUGUACACGCAGAACAGAAUGCCUUGACAUUUAGGUGUCAAGAGAUAAAACCAGAAGAAAGAAGUAUGAUUUUUGUGACAAAGUGCCCAUGUGAUGAAUGUGUACCUUUAAUUAAAGGUGCGGGCAUAAAACAAAUCUAUGCAGGGGAUGUAGAUGUUGGAAAAAAGAAGGCAGACAUCUCUUACAUGAGAUUUGGGGAACUUGAAGGCGUUAGCAAAUUUACAUGGCAAAUGAAUCCAUCAAGAACUUGUGUUCUUGAGCAAAAUGAGCCUGAAAGCAGAGAAAAUGGUGUGUUGGGACCCAUACCCCGGGAUGAAGAACAGCACCAAAACAAGAAGCUGCGUCUUGCAAACCACUAAGAAGUCUUGUGUAAACUAGGGUGAAGGCCUCAAGAAUUUUUAUUGCACUUUUAAAAUCCAACCUUCUUAACUCAGAAAAUAAGAAUGGAUUUUGGAUAUAAUCGAAAAAAAUUUUUAAAGAAAGCUAAUUUAUUACUAGCAUAUGAAUGAUAUUAAUGAGAAUAUUUUUAUUUUAGAUUUGUGUGUUUUCCAGAGUAUAGUGGUGUGUUUUUUUAUUACACUGAAUGAGGUAUCAAUAAUUUAACAAGACCCAGUUCAAUCGGCCAUACAGAUUGAUUUCUCCUUGUCUUAGCUUUACAUUAACCAGUUUGAAAGGGGCUGGUUUAUUGGAUCACACAUCUCAGCAAAGAAUUACAUACCUUUUCAGAAAUAUUAAUUUUUAAAAAUAAAUUUAUUUAAUUUAUUUAUUAUUUUUGGCUGCAUUCGGUCUUCGUUGCUGCACGCGGGAUCUCUCUAGUUGCGGCAAGCGGGGGCUACUUUUCGUUGCGGUGCGCAGGCUUCUCAUUGCGGUGGCUUCUCUUGUUGUGGAGCAGGGGCUCUAGGCACGCGGGCUUCGGUACUUGUGGCUCGCAGGCUCUAGAGCGAAGGCUCAGUAGUUGUGGCACACGGGCUUAGUUGCUCUGCGGCAUGUGGGAUCUUCCCCAAGCAGGGCUUGAACCCAUGUCCCCUGCAUUGGCAGGCGGAUUCUUAACCACUGCACUACUAGGGAAGCCCAGAAAUAUUAAUUCUUUUGGAUUAUGAAGGUGAUAAUUAGUAAACUACUCCAGGAAAAUAAACGGCAACCUGGCCAUUUUUAAGUCAGUGUGUGGCUCACAAAAAGUUCCCAUUUAUACUCAAAGCUUUCUAAUAAUCAGAAUUUACUUAAUUAGGAUUGAGUCAUAAAAAUGAAGUUGGUGGACCUGGUCUCCAUUAUAAAAGUACAUUCCUAACAAGGUUAUUAAUUUUUCUUCAGUCUUUCGAUAUGUAGAAAUCACGAUCAUUUGUUGGACUAGGGUGUUUUUAUAUCACUGAUUUUGGGUAGCAAAAGGAAGAGAAUAUAAUUCUGAGACAGUAUUACUAUUUGAUAUCACUGACUCUUUAAACCACUAACAACAAACUUCAAAUUUGGUUAUGAUGUUAACAGAGAAGAAAUAUUUUAGUCUGGAAUACUGAAACUAGCCUUUUUCAAGUUCCAUUCAUAAAUGCUGCCCAUUAUUCCCUCCAUAUAAUUAGCACAGAAUGUCUCAUGGCUUUGAAUGGAAAGCCUUAUAAAAACACUUGCAAACCUUAAGAAUACUGAAAGUCUUGAAAGUAAACGUUAUGGUCAGUUCAGUUAUUUUCCAAAUUGCUCUUCGUGAGUCCUCUCAUUUUUAUUUGCUGAGAAACUUUCAGAAAAUUAGCCCGAGUCAGAGAGGGAUUUGCAUGGCCUGUGGCCUGCAGGCCUGGGGUGUGACAUGCUGAGGAAUGACUGCCCUGGUUAUAUGUGGGGAAUCAGGUUCGCCUCUGCUGUUGCCCCCUUUCCAGGGCAUCACAUAUCAUCACAAGGCCUCCUAUCAGUUUCUCAGAAUUUUACACAGGACAGUCCACAUGUUGACCGAUGUCCCUGCUUGGACAGCAGCGUGCUUAGGUCCUCCGGGGGUUUAGUCAUCAUACCUGGCAGUUGAGAACUGCUGUAAACAUUUCACCACAGAUGUAGGACAUAGAAUAGAGAGGGAUGGGAGGAAAGAUGCCUUUAGAGGUAACUAAGGCUAAUUUGAAAACCAGUGGUUAAGCUAUUCUUUAACAUUUAUCGAUAUUAAAUAUUGAGAUUUGCUUACAUUAUGCUUAAGUUCAUCUUAUAUGAUGUGUUGUUUUCAACUGAUGUCAGCUACAUCAACUAUUUUGUAAAUCAAUGAGCAAAUGUUUUGCCAGUUUUGUGGAUUUAUGUGUUGGACAUAGUGGGGAAUAUCAGAAGGGAGAAACAUACAAAUGGGAAGAGCUAUGAUUAGGAAAUGGAAAACUGGUUAUUUCUGUAGCACUAUUAAAAUGGUCAUGAUAAUGCCAUAUUUUCUUCUGUACAACUGGCCGGAUUUCAACAUUUAUUGAGAGUUUACCAUGUAGUACCAGAAGGAAAGCUCUUUGAGUGUAGGGAUGUGUGUAUGUGUGUAUGUAUGUGUGUGUGGGUGUGUGUGUGUGUGCGCGCGUGUGCACGCACGUGUGUAUUUAAACUGCUGAAUCCAGUACCUACAACAGUGUCUGGCACAUAACAGGCAUUCAAUAAAUAUUUGUUGAUUGACUGAAUGACUGCUAGACUCUGGCUAGACCCUGUAGAUGAGAUGUGUAAGAAAUGCGUCCUGACCUCAGGAAGCUCACAGUCUAGCGGAAGUUGCAGGCAUGAAAUCAAGCAAUAGAGUGAUUCUCAGAAGGGGGUCCCUGGACCAGCAGCAUUAGCCUCGCCUGGGGACUCGUUAGAAGUGCAAGUUCUCAGGCCCACCCAAAUCUACUGAGUCAGAAACUCUGGGGGCGGGGCCCAGCAUUCCCUCCAGGUGAUUCUGAUGACCCUCAAGGUUGAGAACCGCCCUGUGGAUGUAACUGUAGGAACAGUGGUGGCACAAAAGAGGACAAGCAUACACUCUGGUGAGUCAUGGAGAAAGGGUCUUGUAGAAGUGGAGGUCCUGAAGGGGCUACAGGGUGUUGCCAGGCAAACAGUGGGGGUGAGAUGAACUUCUGGGAGAAAGUAAUGGAGAUAGAUGGUCACACUGGGAAGCAGGAAAGGGAAGUGUCAGGGACUCGCACAAAGAUUGCUGAGCUGUACCAAGAGCGCCCUGGGGUAGCCCCCUGCCUCAAAUCUAGGAAUUCACAGUCAAGAGGGUUCAUCCCUUAGCGUGAGAAAUCAAAAUUUGCACUUAAAAAUACAUCAUCCUUAAUUUCAAAGAUGGGGAGGAUAAUAGUGAAUUCAUAAUUUGAAAAAAAGAGCUCUGCAUUUGUUUACUGCCAAGUGACAAUAUAAUAUGCCACCUGGAGGCGGGGUGAGUAUGGGCCUGGCUCGCCACCCAGCUGUCAGGUAGAGUGCGUGCAGGUUUACAUGUACUGUUUCAUUGCAUCACUGCCAAAGCUUUUUCUUUUAUUCAGCUUUUCUAUGGGUUUCUCUUCCUCAGUUACUUAUUGAGUUUGAGAAUAUACCUUCUCUCAUAAAUCUUCCUCGUUUUAUGUGUGAACAGUUCAGCUUUAAGAUCUGCCACAACAAUCUGCUUUUGACCCACUUCAGAGCAAUUUUUUGAAGUUCUGGUAUUGCCAAUAGUGGCCACUUGGCAUUUAGCUGAGGCUAUUACUGUUGCUUUUUAGGAUUAAGCAACAGUUUAGAACAUUCAUUUCAUGUGUAAUAUUCUUCAGGGUUUUUUUUUUUUUUGCUAUCAUUUAAAAUUAUAACAUUUCUGAUAUACAAGAAAAGUUAAAAGCCCCAUUAAUCAGUAUCAGUUGAAAAUGAGACCCAUUUAAAAUGGAAUACCCUUUAGAACCUUGUCCAUAAAAAUGUAUUUACUCUAUUCAAUGAACUGCAUUCAAAUAGAGUCAGAUUUCAAAGGAACUCAGAUCUCAUCUGUUUAGAAUACUCCUUUAUAGUUCUGGAAACAGAAGCAUCCAGAAGGUGAAUGAUUUCUUCAAGUCUAGUUCAGAAUGUCACAAGGGCCUAAAUCAGUAUCAGGAUUUUUUGGUCCAUUUUCAGUUUUGCUUUUAAUGUAAGUGCACAUUUGUCCUGUACAUGUUGACAUGUUGGCUGAUUUUAACAUGUAUAUGACAGUAAUAAAAGACUUCCAUUACUAUAAAUUAUUUUUUAGUAAAAUUACACCUACACAUUUUAAAUGAGCAAAUAGUCCUAUAAACCUUAUUUUGAAACAGUAAGUCUCACGCUGUCCUCUGUAUCACCCCACCCCAGAGGCCACCAGGCCCAAUUAUUUUAGCUGAAUUAUUUUGUAUUUAUUUCCAAAUCUCCAAAUCACAUGUUCCUUACUAGUGUUUCAGUUUUAGGUAUUUUCUUUUGAAUUACCAUUAUGAAAGAGCUUUCUUUCACCUCACUCUCUCCACCCACUUCCAUCUUUCCAUCCUCCCCACAUUCUUUUAUUUUGGUGGCAUCAAUAUUCAUUGUCUGGUAUUAUGACUAUGUAAAUGCUACUCACAGGUUUGUCAUGUUGUGUACUGUGAUUACUUUCCCUUUCCUUAUAAAAUUUAUUUUUCUGAAUUUAAAAUUUGACUUUUUUUGAAGGGGGGGAGCUUGGUUUUCUGUAUUUUAUUGCUUACCUGUAGCCAAACUCUUCUCCCAGUUGUGUGACCAACUCUUCUCCCAGUUGUGUGACCUUCUCUCAGUAUGUUGAAGCACAUUGAGUGUCCUAAAAAGCUCUUCUUAUUGAAGAAAUCCCUCCUAGAGCCUCUGACCACCUCUAGCCUGGGCUAAUUGGUCACUAGACCUUCUGCAUUGCUGGCUUCCUGGGGUCUUCCUCCACAGCUCUGCUGGAGGGAGCUGGGGGGCAUUCUUCACCCUCUCCUUGAAUUGGAACACCUGUUUCCUGGGAUCCAGUCUUUUUCUCAGUUUGGUGGGCAUAUCUUUCAGAAGGGCUCUGAGAAAAGGGUACAUGGUGGUGGGAUGACUGUCAGACAAGACUACUGUUGGGGAACAUUUUCGAUGCUAUGAGUAUCUGCAGAUGUCUUUAUUCUACCCUCAAUUUAAUUGAUAGUUUGUUGGGUGUAGAAUUCUAGAUUGGGAAUAACUUCCCCUCAGAAUUUUGAAGGCAUUGUUUCAUGAUCCUAGUUACACUACUAGAAUAAGUUUCAAGGUUUGAGUUGUCAAUCAGACUCACAGGAAUCAAUGAAGGGGGACUUCCCUGGUGGUGCAGUGGUUAAGAAUCUGCCUGCCAAUGCAGGGGACAGUUCGAGCCCUGGUCCGGGAAGAUCCCACAUUCUGCGGAGCAACUAAGCCCACGCCACAACUACUGAGCCUGCGCUCUAGAGCCCGCGAGCCACAACUACUGAAGCCCGUGCGCCUAGAGCCCGUGCUCCGCAAUAAGAGAAGCCACCGCAAUGAGAAGCCUGCGCACCGCAACAGAGAGUAGCCCCCGCUCGCUGCAACUAGAGAAAAGCCUGCGUGCAGCAACAAAGACCCAAUGCAGCCAAAAAUAAAAAUAAAUAAAUUUAUAAAAAAAGAAUCAACAAGGGUUACUUGGCAGCAGAUGCUUAGAACAAUGUAGAACACAGCACAGCCUCAUGCACCACAGCAGCCUCCCGAGACCUCACAUUCACAGGCACAGCUUCCAAAAUGCCACCAUUGAGUCCUCUUUUCUCUUUGUCCUAUAAGUUUAUGUUUAAAACACAACUCCUUUACUUUCAUUUUAUGAUUUGGGGGGAGAAAAAAGAGGUAAAUUAAUGUUUGUUCACUUCCAUUUUUGUAUUUUCUGUAAUGUUUUGGCUUUAAGCAUGAAAUUCCUUUCCCACAGUCAUUUUAAACAUUUUUAUUAAUAUAUUUAGUAUAAAUAGCCACCCCCUAAUAUCAUUAUGUAUCUUUUCCUUGGGGAUAAGCCCCAAAGAUAUUGUGUCAGAGGAGCAUGUGUUCUGCUUAGGGCUAUUUUUAAGACUUGAUGCAGAUGAGGAAUACCUGAAAACUACGGAUUUUCUAAGACACAACCUUUGGGGAUAGAGAAUUAAAUCUUGUUCAACAUCAUAGCAUUUGGGUGUCUUUCUAUUUGUUAUUUCUGAUUGUAUAUUUUAAAAGGCUUGAAAAUAGAAACACUUUACCAGGCUAACCAUGUAUUUUGGUUCUUGUUUAACUCUCAUCUCUGCUGGAAUUGGUCCACUAGGUGGCUUCAGGCUCAAGUUUAUUUGCAAACCAUAUAUCUGAUAAAGAGUUAAUACCCCAAAUAUACAAAGAACUCAUAAAAAUCAACAUUACAAAGCACCCAGUUAAAAAAAAUGGGCAGACAUCUGAAUAGACAAUUUUCCAAAGAAAACAUACAGAUGACCAACAGGUACAUGAAAAGAUGCUCAGCACCACCAAUCAUCAGGGAAACCCCAAUGAGAACCACGAUGAGAUAUCAUCUCACAGCUGUCAGAAUAUUCUGUUAUCACAAAGACAGCAACGAAUGUUGACAAUGAUGUAUAGAAAAGGUAACCAUUGUGCACUGUUGGUGGGAAGUAAAUUGGUGCAGCCACUAUGGAAAAAAAGUAUGGCUAUUUCUCAAAAAAAAUUAAAAAUAGAUCUACCAUAUGUUCCAGCAAUUCCAAUUCUGGGUAUUAAGCAAAAACACUAAUUGGAAAAUAUAUAUGCACCACUACAUUCACUGCAGCAUUAUUUAUAAUAGCCAACCCAAUUGCCCAUCAAUUAAUGGAUAAAGAAGUUACACACACACACACACACACACAAUAACUGUAUGAUUUCAAUUAUUUGUGUAAUCUAAAAAACGAAGCAAAUGAACAUAUAACAAAACAGAAACAGAUUUGUAAAUACAGAGGAAAAAACAAGUGGU